CGCGGUCACGCCUGGCCGGGCCACCAUUUCCCGGUCGCCACGGCGUCGCGGACUCCCCAGCAGCGGCUCCUGAGCCCACCUGGUCCGAGGUGCCCCGCAGGCAGCCAUGAGCGGGUGCACAGAUCGCGGGGCGGUCGCAGCCCCGGCUCCGGCCCCAGGGUCGGUGCCUGCACCCUGCGCCUCGAAGGUGGAGCUGCGGCUCAGCUGCCGGCACCUGCUGGACAGAGACCCAUUGACCAAGUCCGACCCCAGCGUGGUGCUGCUGCAGCAAGCGCAGAACCAGUGGGUGCAGGUGGGCAGAACUGAGGUGGUCCGCAGCAGCCUGCAUCCCGUGUUCUCCAAGGUCUUCACUGUUGACUACUAUUUUGAGGAGGUGCAGAGACUGCGCUUUGAGGUGUAUGACACCCACGGGCCCAGUGGUCUUAGCUCUCAGGAUGACUUCCUGGGGGGCAUGGAGUGCACCUUGGGGCAGAUUGUGGCCCAGAAGAAGAUGACCCGCCCGCUGCUGCUGAAGCUCGGCAGGACUGCCGGCAAGUCCUCCAUCACUGUGGUGGCCGAGGACAUCUCCGGAAACAAUGGUUAUGUGGAGCUCUCCUUCCAGGCCAGGAAGUUGGACGACAAGGACCUCUUCAGCAAGUCCGACCCCUUCCUGGAGCUGUUCCGCAUCAACAGGGACGGCAGCGAGCAGCUGGUGUACAGGACAGAGGUGGUGAAGAACAACCUCAGCCCUGUGUGGGAGCCCUUCAAGGUGUCCCUCAACUCUCUGUGCAGCUGCGAGGAGACCCGGCCUCUGAAGGGCCUGGUCUGGGAUCACGACUCCCGAGGGAGGCACGACUUCAUCGGAGAAUUCUCCACCACCUUCGCUGAGAUGCAGAAGGCCUUCUCGGAAGGCCGGGCCCAGUGGGAAUGUGUCAACGCCAAGUACAAGCAGAGGAAGCGCAGCUACAGGAACUCCGGGGUGGUGGUCCUGGCUGGCCUGAAGCUCCACAGGGUCCACUCCUUCCUGGACUACAUCAUGGGCGGCUGUCAGAUCCACUGCACGGUAGCCAUUGACUUCACAGCCUCCAACGGCGACCCCCGGAACAGCUGCUCCCUGCACCACAUCGACCCCCGCCAGCCCAACGAGUACCUGAGGGCGCUGGUGGCCGUGGGCGAAGUCUGCCAGGACUACGACAGUGACAAGAGGUUUUCUGCUUUGGGGUUUGGAGCCAGAAUCCCUCCCAAGUAUGAGGUGUCCCAUGACUUUGCCAUCAAUUUCAAUCCCGAGGACGAUGAGUGUGAAGGCAUCCAGGGCGUGGUGGAGGCCUACCAGAACUGCCUGCCCCAGGUCCAGCUCUACGGCCCCACCAACGUGGCGCCUAUCAUCUCCAAGGUGGCCCGCAUGGCGGCGGUUGAGGAGCGCACGGGCGAGGCCUCUCAAUACUACAUCCUGCUGAUCCUGACGGACGGCGUGGUGACCGACAUGGCGGACACGCGGGAGGCCAUUGUGCGCGCCUCGCACCUUCCCAUGUCCAUCAUCAUCGUGGGCGUGGGCAACGCCGACUUCACCGACAUGCAGACUCUGGACGGGGAGGACGGCGUCCUACGCUCCCCUCGGGGCGAGCCGGCGCUCCGGGACAUCGUGCAGUUCCUGCCCUUCAGGGAGCUCAGGAGCGCCUCCCCCGCGGCAUUGGCCAAGUGUGUGCUGGCCGAGGUCCCCAAGCAGAUGGUGGAGUACUACAGCCACAAGGAGCUGCCUCCACGUGGCUUUUGCAGCCUCCCUGGAGAGGCCAGUCCCCGCUCGUCUCCUGAGGACUCCAGGCACGGGGACUGUGACCAGGGUGCCCCCACGGCCUCUGUUUCCAGCACCUUUGGGGGUCCUUAAGCCCCUGAGGCCCCCAGAAGCCUCCUGCUCCCAGCCCAGGCUUGUCCCCUCCUGUCGUCCUAUUGGCCUGGGAGGGCGGGAGAUGAAGGGAUCCAGGCCCUUUGGGGGGCACCCAGAAGCAGCAGCCCCCAUGCCUAUCCCUGCUGGAGCCAGGGGUUGCUGAGCGUAGGACAGGCCUGGCAGGCCCUCCUCGCCGGGGCUCCUCAGCGUCUGCUUGUUGAGGGCAGCUGUCCUGAGCACCCGACACCCUCCUGGGCAGACCCCUCUCUGCCCUGGCAGGACCCCUCCGCCUGCCCCUGCUGCCAUCCUGAGCAUCCUGUCCACAUCCCAGGGCCUUGGGGGUCUGAGUGAGCGUCGGGUCUAAUAAAGCCCCACCUGGCCUCUGUGAC